AUGCCAAAGAAGAAUUUGAAACAUGCUCCGGCUCUGCCCACGAAUCACGACCUGCACAUCUUCGGCUCUGUGAACGGACUGGAGUUCGACAUGGUGGGAGGCGGCAGCGGCAACCCGAAGGCCGGAACCCUGGAGACGAGUGUGAAGUCCACCCGCGGUGCCCUGCCCUUCUCCCCCCUGCUUGUGGCGCCCAACCUGGGUUACGGGUUUUACCAGUACCUGCCAUUUCCGGACGGGCCCUCACCUUUCCAGACCGCCAUCACGGACGGAGGGUACGAGGUGAACCGCGUUUUCAAGUUUGAGGACGGCGGCGUUCUGAGUGCACACUUCCGCUACACAUACGAGGGCGGCAAGAUCAAAGGGGAAUUCCAGUUGGUUGGUUCCGGUUUUCCCGCCAGUGGGCCCGUCAUGACCAGCGGCCUGACCUCACUUGACCGGAGCGUGGCCAAACUGAUGUGCUCCGACAACCGCACCCUUACAGGCCUCAACAACUGGAGCUUCUGCACCUCUGAUGGGCAGCGCCACCAGGCGGUGGUCCAGACGAACUACACCUUCGCCAAGCCCUUCCCAGCAGGCACUGCGGAGAAGAUGCCUGUGUUCAUGGGACACCAGAUCGAGGUCAACGCCUCCAAGACCGAAAUCGCCCUGACCGAGAAAGCCAAGGCCUUCUGUAACACUGUGUAAAGAAGUCAAGUUGACUACUCUUCAAGAAGAGGUUUGGGCUUAUUUUUGGCGUAUUUUUAGGCUUUUUUUAUGUAAAGUGUUGGGUUAGCCUUUGGGUAAAACCCGGCAAUAAAAAAGCCUAAAAACACGCCAAAAAUAAACCCAAACCUCUGCUUGGAAAGUACAAGUUGACGGGCCACGUUACGCUCGUAUAGAAAAAGCAUCGUUAGGAAUGCUGUGUUACCCUUUAGUAUUAUAGUAUUAUACACGCCUUUAUUGAAUACUACGUUUUAUCUUUACACAUUAGUUUAUGUUACAGUCUCUCGCACUGACCGAGAAAGCUAAGUCUUCUGCAACACUGUAUGAAAAUCCAUGUUGGCAUGCCAAGUUACGCUCGUAUAGAACAAGCAUAAUUACGAAUGCCGUGUUAUCCUUUAGUAUUAUAUACCGAAGCAAGCAUCGUUAAAAAUGGACUGUUAUCCAUUAGUAUCAUAUAGCCCGGUGGCGUGUCACAGUUAGCAUGGUACAAGUAUUGCCAGGUGUGUUUUAUUCUCACAAGUGUGCUUUGUUGCACAAUAAAGCAAGGC